AUGAACGCGAAGAGCAUAUACGGGCUUACAUUGAUAUUUUCGAUAUGGGUGAGUGUAACAGUAAGUGUGUUAGAAGGACUUGGUGAGUCUAAAAAAUGGGCAUUACUAGUUGCUGGUUCUAAAGGUUAUGAAAAUUAUAGGCACCAAGCUGAUAUUUGUCAUGCUUACCAAAUAUUAAAAAAAAGUGGUCUUAAAGAUGAAAAUAUUAUCGUUUUCAUGUAUGAUGACAUUGCCUUUCAUCCCGAAAACCCAAGGCCUGGUAUUAUAAUUAAUCAUCCAAAUGGUUCUGAUGUUUAUCAUGGAGUUCCAAAGGAUUAUAUAGGAGAUGAAGGAAAUGAAAGGAACUUUUUUGCAGUACUUAGUGGCAAUAAAAGUGAUGUAAAAGGAGGUAGUGGUAAAGUAUUAGAAAGUGGGCCAAAUGAUACUAUUUUCAUUUACUAUGCAGACCAUGGCUCUCGUGUUAGGUUAGUAAGUUUGCCAAAUGGGGGUUACCUUUAUAGCAAAGAUUUUGUAGAUGCAUUGAAGAAGAAACAUUCUGCUAAAUCCUACAAAAAUAUGUUGGUUAGAAAUUUUUCUAACUUUGAGAGUGUUGCACUCGCCUCUUGUAAGCCUCUUGUAAGCGGGUUUGAAUAUCCCUCUUAUUCAUUAUAUUGA